UCUGUGCCGAAGGAGACGGUGAUGGGCCUUUUCAGGGACUUGCGGGGAGUGGUGUCAGCUGCCGGCAAUCGCCGGCCAUAUGGGCUUGUGUUUGACUGGCUGUACCCCGCACACUUCCCGGUGAUCCUCAAAUGCCUGGAGGCUUGGUCUGACACGCCUGACGUGACAACCCCGCUGCUCAAGUUUGUGGCCGAGUUUGUGCAGAACAAGACACAGCGUCUGUCCUUCGAUCUGUCCUCCCCUAAUGGCAUCCUCCUCUUCCGGGAGGUCUCCAAGGUGCUGGUGACACACGGGACUGCCGUGCUGCAGAAGGGGGACGUGCCUGACAUCUACCACCACAAGUACAAGGGGAUCUGGAUAUGCCUGCAGAUCCUGACUCGAGCCCUGGCUGGCAAUUAUGUCAACUUUGGGGUCUUUGGUCUGUACGGCGACAGCGCACUUGAGGACGCUCUCAAAAUAUCUCUGAAGAUGGCUCUUUCCAUUCCCUUGAAUGACAUAAUCGCCUACAAGAAGCUGUCCAAGUCGUUCUAUUCCCUUGUGGACGUCUUGUGUGAGCACCACACCUCCGUGAUCGCCUCCUGUGAGCAGUCUACUUUUGUGUUCCUGAUGACCGCUCUGGAGACAGGCCUCAAGGCCUUGGACGUCACGAUCUCAUCACAGUGCGCUGCGGCGCUUAACCACCUUGCUGCAUACUACUUCCGGCACGUCGUGGCCGCCAUCGACGUCAAUUCGCCUCCGCCGGCGGCCCAGGCACUUGCGGAGCACAUAAGACAG